GAAGGCGGCCGGCGGUCGCUGGCCGGGCCCGUCGGACGCCGCCGUCGAGCCGGUUCGGCUGCGGGCUCGUACUCGCUCGUUUCUCGUCCACACGCACACCAAGGCACAGAGUGUGUUGUGCCUCUGCCGCACAGCUGUACGGACCGGCUUUGCUGUUGCUGGGCUGGGCGGCGUGAGGAGGAUUUCUGUCCUGUGACCAACACCUGGGCACUUCAGAGUGUUUGAGGCGCCCAAGCAGUCGCUGCCUAGCUUUGGAUUUUACCUAAUUUGACCGUCGUUUAUAAAGAGACAUGGCGGCGAAAAGCUCGGCCCUCGCGGACUUCGUCCAGUGCCCGCUGUGCUUCGAGCAGUUCGACAUGCAGGACCGCUUGCCUAAGCUCAUGAACUGCGGCCACACGUACUGCCUCGACUGCCUCACCAGGCACGUCAAGAUGUCGGGCGGUGCCAAGACCUGCCCCAAGUGCAGACAGGUCUUUUCCGAAGCGCCGUUCUUUCUGAAGAACAACUUUCACAUUUGCGAGACGCUGAGUGACUUGGAGGCGAGGGCGAGAGCGCCGGGCGCCUGUUCACCAUCAGCUCCAGAGAUGCCCGCCGUGUCAUUGAGGUUCUUCUGCACCCGCUGCAACCGGGAUGCGAACGACUCGUGCCUGAUGAAAAUGCACCCCGUGUGCGACAAGACGGGCUUGGUGCUGAAGCGAGCCACCGAGGCCAAGGAGCAGGCCAAGCGCCAGUUCCAGCGGGAGGACGGCGUCCUCAAGGACCUGGCCGAGAGCCUGGAGGCCUUCGCGGUGGCCAUCAACGGCAAGGGUGGCCUCGGGCCGCGGGCCCAGCGCGAGAUGGGCGAGGUGAAGAAGCAGCGAGAGGUCCUGGACAAGACGUCCAAGCUCGUCAUGGAGGUGCCCCUGACGGCGUUCCAGGACAACGGGGACGUCCCGCGCGCACUCGACAGAUUCCUGCAGGCGAACAGCGAGCGCCUGUUCGCGCUGCAGGAGCAGAAGAGCAUGCUGGACAUGGCCAAGAAGUGCACGGUGACGGUGCGAGCGGACGACACGGGGCUGGCCACGGGCACGAGCAAGACCCUGGCGAUCGGGCCGGGAAGUCCCGCCGAGGACCGAGUCCUCUCCUACCUCAUCUACCUCCUGCUCCACGGCCAGGACGCUGCCGGCAGCUCGUCUGCGGUCCCGUCCCUGGACACGCUCAUCGCUGACGUGAAGAAGUGCAUCAUCGACGGGGACGUGCCGGACAAUGACGAGGACGACAGUGACAGCGACGGGAGUGACUGCUCGGAUACCUCUUCUGUUGUGUCUGAAGCGGCGAGCAUUGUGCCAGACAAUUGUAAAAAUGCUAAGAAGGUGUUUGUGGGAAGAAUACCAAAAGAUGCUAAACCAGAACAAAUCAAGGAUCGCUUUUCAACAUUUGGGAAGAUUUUGUAUGUUCGUUUCUUGACAAGUCCCAUAAAGGCAGAGGCUACUGGGAAUCAUUGUGCCUUAUUAUAUGUGUCUGAUGACAAAACUGUGCAGAACAUUUUGAGGAGCAGGCCAAUUACCCUCAGACAUCUCCUGAAUACAUUAUCUGGACAAAAGACUUAUGCAAACGUCCUGCUGAAUGUUCAAGAAGAUAGAACAGGACAACACAAAGGUAGUGGAGAAGCUAAGCAGCAGCGAAGACAAAAAAGGCUUGCUAAGAAGAAAGGUGGACCGUCGUCAGCACCUCAAAAAGGCUCUCAAUCUAAUCAGGACAAUGAGGCUGCUAGGAGAGUCUUUGCAAAUCAAGUACCACUAGACAGUGCUGAAGCCGAUCUUGCAAAUUUCUUCUCGAAGUAUGGUCCAGUUGCUUCUGUUACUAAAAGGCGACAUGGGGUUGGACAAAAAUGCAUGGCAUUUAUCACAUUCAGAGAUGAUAAAUCAGUUGCUCGAGUUCUUGGAGCACGGCCAAUCAUGUACAAUGGAUUUGACCUGCAAGUACGAGAAUAUGACAACAAGACUCCCCGCCGUGCCGCUCAGCAGCAGCAGCAGCAGCAGUCAACCUCUCCGAUGUUUACUCCUCCUACCUCUAAUCCCCAAAUGCAACUUCAAGCAAUAACUGCUGCGACUGCUGCUAACGCUGCAGCAUUGUCUGCCUUAUGUGUCUCUAAUAUUGAUCAGCACAACAAAAACUACGCUCAGCAACAGCCUAACCAGCAACAACAGCAGGGACCUAAUAAACGGCAGCCGCCUCAACCGAAUAAGCAACCGCAACAGCAGCAGAAGCCAAAGCAGAAGCAACAACCGCAGCAGCCGCAACAGCAACCGCAGCAGCAGCUACAGCAAUUGCAGCCACAGCAGCUAAAUCAAUCGCAGCCACAGCAGCGUCAGCAAAAGCCCAAAGGCAAGGAGGACUGCUGUGUUAUGUAAAUCAAAGCAUUGAUUUUUUAAUGUGAUUUUUUCAUUAUAUUGUGUGAUAUGGCUUCUAGUGGUAUCGUUUUUAAAGAAUCAUGAUUAAUUUAGUAUUUGAAACCGUUUAUUUGGUUCUCAAAUGUGAGGUAUAGCCAGAAAAAAUAAUAAUCAUGUGCGGUCAGUUCAAGAUAAGAUUAUAUAGAAUUUUCAAGUUCUGUAAAUCCAAAGCAUGUGAACAUAACUGCUAAAGCUGCUGAUAUACAUUGUUCUCUUAUAACUUGCCUUGGACACAGGUCAUUUACCAUUUUUUCUUGUAACAGAAAUGAACCAAAGUUAUUUCAUUACUAGAAUAUCUGCCUGGUUUUGGAUGUAAGUGACCAUGAAUUUCUACAGCCCCAAAAUAGUGCUGAGGGAGAGAUCCCUACAGCAAAUGGUCUGCUAUUUAACAACAUGACUGAUACUGUGAUGUAUGUUAUAUUUGCAAAUAUGGACCUUUUGAGGGUUGUGAGUUUACCUGAGAAAAAACGGUGCAAUGAAUGUCCACUUAUUAUGUGGGUUUCUUUGACUUUCUUCUUUAUUGAAACUUAUAUCUGUUCCUAUGGCAAUAAGCGGAUAUAUGUGGAACCUGAAUCUAUUAAAAUUUGAAAUUUAAUAGUCAAGAUUUGGUCCACCUUUUGCCGGAAUAGAAAGAAUGGGUGAGAAAGCAAUUUUGUUCCCUUUUGGGAAUCUUUUUUGCACAAUUAUUACUAUAACUCAAGAAGAAAGUCUUUUGUAUAUUUCUUGCACCUCAAUUCAUAUUGUUGAUUGGAUUAUGUACAAGUUGAUCCACUGCAUUUGAAUUUAUUUGAUUUCUUUGGUGGUUCUAGUGUUUUUAAGGCUGUAAGUUUAGAAAUUAUGUAUGUCCUGAUUUCGUCAACAAGAAUAAAAUCAUGUUCAAAGUUUA